UGGUACAAGUAGAAAAGAAGUGGGGCGCACCUAGGCAGCCAGCAAUACAAAAACCUCACACGCAUCGUUCGUCUCUUUUCCAUCUCUCUCGCCGAAACCCUCCUUCUCUGCACACCACACCACAGCGCAGCAGAAUCUUAUUCCUCUUUUCACCAUGGAUCUUGAGGAGGACAUUCGUUCUUUACAGCUCGAUUCAGCAGCAGAAGACAAUAAUGGGGUGGUAAAUCGAGAGGAUGGAAAGGAAGAAGUAGAGAAAUCUGACAAGAUGGAUGAAGAUCCAAAUCAGGAGGUUAUGGCACAGGCUGCUGAGGCUCAGGAGGUUCAGGCACAGGCUAUUGAGGCUGAGCCAACAGCAUGGCUUUCUUCUGUAGUGAAUGAGGAAAUCUCCGUGGCCCCAGAUGAAGAAGAGGAGCCUGCAAUGAAGAAAAGACACUUGAAUGUCGUAUUCAUAGGCCAUGUCGAUGCUGGUAAGUCUACAACAGGAGGCCAGAUACUUUUCCUCAGUGGUCAGGUUGAUGAACGGACUAUCCAAAAAUAUGAGAAAGAAGCUAAGGACAAAAGUCGUGAAAGCUGGUAUAUGGCCUAUAUUAUGGAUACAAAUGAGGAGGAGAGGGUCAAGGGAAAGACAGUUGAAGUUGGAAGAGCUCAUUUUGAGACAGAGACAUCUAGGUUCACCAUUUUGGAUGCACCUGGUCACAAAAGCUAUGUUCCUAAUAUGAUCAGUGGUGCAUCUCAAGCUGAUAUUGGAGUGUUGGUAAUUUCUGCUCGGAAGGGAGAAUUUGAAACUGGAUAUGAGAAAGGUGGUCAGACUCGUGAGCAUGUCCAGCUUGCAAAAACUCUUGGAGUGGCUAAGCUGCUUGUUGUUGUCAACAAAAUGGAUGAUCCUACUGUAAACUGGUCAAAAGAAAGGUAUGAUGAAAUUGAGUCAAAGAUGAUUCCAUUUCUUAAGCAAUCGGGAUACAAUGUAAAGAAAGAUGUCUUGUUUUUACCAAUAUCGGGGCUGAUGGGCUCAAACUUAAAAACAAGAUUGGAUAAAAGCACUUGUCCAUGGUUUAAUGGGCCUUGCUUAUUUGAAGCCCUUGAUUCUAUUGAAGGACCUCCUCGAGAUCCCAAAGGUCCUUUUAGGAUGCCUAUAAUUGACAAAUUCAAAGACAUGGGAACUGUUGUUAUGGGUAAAGUGGAAUCUGGUUCUAUUCGUGAGGGAGAUUCCUUGUUGGUCAUGCCAAAUAAGGUUCAAGUUAAAGUUGUUGCUGUAUUUAUUGAUGAAGAACGGGUUAAGCGUGCUGAACCUGGUGAAAACUUGCGGGUUAGAGUAUCUGGUAUUGAAGAAGAAGACAUAUUAUCUGGGUUUGUUUUGUCUAGUGUUGCAAAACCAAUUCCAUCAGUUACUGAGUUUGUUGCUCAGUUGGUUAUCCUUGAAUUGCUGGACAAUGCCAUCUUUACUGCUGGGUACAAGGCUGUUCUGCAUAUCCACUCUGUAGUUGAGGAAUGUGAAAUCGUGGAGCUCUUGCAUCAAAUUGAUCCGAAGACAAAAAAGUCUAUGAAAAAAAAAGUCCUCUUUGUGAAGAAUGGCGCUGUUGUAUUAUGCCGUGUUCAGGUUAAUAGCAUGAUAUGCAUUGAGAAGUUCUCUGACUUUCCGCAACUAGGGAGGUUUACUCUUCGCACUGAAGGAAAAACUGUUGCUGUUGGGAAAGUCACUGCUCUGUGAAUUUGAACAAUUUUGAUCUAAGCUCUGUCUGGAGAGGGUGGCAUACCUGCAGUGACAACUGAAGCGGCUUUAUUGAGGCAUAAUUGACAGCAUCAAGUUUGCCAGAUUCAUUUCGGUUUCUAUUGUUUUUACUUUAGGGUAGUAUACAUACUCAGUGAAGGGUUUUGUGGCCGUUUGUGUCCCUGUACAUGUAUGCUUACAAGGCUUGGCUGCUUCCUACCCUAUAUUAUUGAAAUGGAUGAUUUUGAAGUAUUCGUCUUUCCAAGGGCUUGGAACUUGACAUAUAAUUGAAGCGGUUGAUUUGCAAUCAAUUAAGUGGGUGUUAAAAUUGA